UCUUAUUAUUUUAUGAACAUUUUAGGAGGACUAUGAAAAAAUGGAACAGCCACAUGUAUUAAAUUUCAAUGAUGUAAAACAGGCAAUAGAAAACAUAGAAGGGAGUGUUAUUCACACCCCACUUUGUGAAGCAAAAAUAAGUAAAUACAUGGAUUAUAAUAUUUACUUGAAAUGUGAAAAUCUGCAAUAUACUGGAAGUGUCGCAGAGCGCGGUGUCCGCAACGCCUUCUGCUGCUCGGAGUCCGCGGCCAAACGAGGAGUUGUUGUGCCUUCGAACGGCAGCAUGGCUCUGGCAGCCGCCUACCACGGCAGGGCCCUCGGUGUUCCGGUGAUGGUGGUGCUCCCGGAGCGCACGCCGCCGGCGCUCGUGCACCGCUGCUCGGAGCUCGGCGCAGACGUGGUCUUAUACGGGGAAAAUAUUCAAGAUGCGACCAACUACGCACAGAAAGUGGCUGAUGAGAGCCACCGGAUAAUAAUGAGAUCAGACGACCCCGCCGUAAUGGCAGGACUGGGCACAGUGGGUGUGGAGAUAGUUACGCAGCUUCCGGAACUGGACGCGGUGAUCGUGCCCGUGGCGAGCGGUGCACUCCUCGCAGCAGUUCUCGUUGCUUGCAAGAAGCUCAAGUGCUCCUGCCUUGUUUAUGGAGCGGAAUGCGCAAAAGUUCCGAAGAUGAUGAAGGCGCUGCAGGCUGGGAAGCCGACGAAUGUGCCGGUCGUAUCCAAUCUAGCCGAGGGGCUUAAUGCAUCUUCUGUGGGCGCUAACGCCUUUGCCACAAUCAGGGGCAAACUUGAUAGAAUGCUGGUAGUAGAAGAGUCGUCGAUCGCACAAGCCAUGGUGAGCGUGCUGGAGCGCGAGCGGCUCGUGGCCGACGGCGCGGGAGUCUGCGCCGUGGCCGCCGUCAUGCAGGGGCUCGUGCCCGAGCUGAGAGGGAAACGUGCUGUGUGCGUGAUAAGCGGCGGCAACAUAGACUGCGGCAGUCUGUCGCGCAAUAUCCAGCGUGGUCUGGGCGCCAGCGGACGGCUUCUUCGCUUUGCCGUCCCCGUUCCCGACCAUCGGAACGGUCUGGCGAACCUCGCUAAAGUUGUAUCGGAACAGAACGUAGUGCUGAAAAGCAUGGUCACUGAUCAGAUGCCCGUGUAUUGUGAUGUUGGAGCUACUUGGGCCAAUGUGGUGGUUGAGACGGGAAGUGAUGAGCAGGCGGCAAGCUUCAAGGACCGCGUCAGGGAUGUGUACCCUCGUGCCAGAUUUACGAUUAGCGACUUAGACGACAAACAAAAACAUUCGUGUCGACCAUAGUAUCAUCUUAGAUAACAAACUUUAUGGUAUUUCGAACUAACAUGGUAUUUGGCAUUACAACUACUAUUAAAACACAGGGCGUUUUUACUUCGUACAGUCACCUGCAAUAAUAUACAUACAUUUGUUUUUUGAAUGAUAAAUGCAGUUUUUAAACAGUAGCAAUACACAAAGGAUUUUUUUUUAAUCUUUUAAAUUAAAGCUCUUUGUAUGAAUCUUUAAAGUUACUAUUGUACAAGUUUGUUGCAUAUUAUAGUUCCAUUUUUAGUAGCGGAUUGGUGUAAACGCUUACUGGAAGUGUAAAGUCCUAACAAUCUUCUCUUUUAUGUCAUUAUUCAUAUUCAAGUCUUUAGUUUCAUAUUUAACUUGUGACUGUCAUAAAAACGGAAGGAAUAAAAAUUA